AUGAAUAUGUUUAUUAAUUGUCCACUUUCUGUGAAGAAUAAUUUAAAUACCACUAAACUGACUCAGGAAACCAAUGAAAAACACAUGUAUCCUCAGCCUUAUGAAUUUCUUAUCAAUGAAGAAAACAAAUGUAAAGGAAAAACACCAUUUCUGGUGUUUUUAAUCUGUUCUCAACCUAAUGAAAGUUCACACAGAGACAGCAUCAGGAACACCUGGGGAAAUGAAACUGUGGUACCAGGAUAUCAUGUGGUUCGCCUAUUCAUGCUGGGUGUUCAGAAAGAAUAUAGCACUGAAAACAUAAUGCAAGAAAGUAGUAAGUAUCAUGAUAUUAUUCAGCAGGACUUUCAAGAUACCUAUAACAACCUAACCCAUAAAGUUCUUAUGGGUAUAAAAUGGGUUACUUUUUAUUGUCCCAAUGCACAUUUUGUCAUGAAAACUGACACAGAUGUGUUUGUUAAUACAGAGACUCUGAUACAAAAGCUCUUAGUUACAAUUUCACCUUCAGAGCUUUACUUCAGUGGCUUUCCUAUGAGAAAUGCUUCACCUAUACGAAAUUCUAAUAGCAAGUGGUACAUGCCAAUGGAUAUCUAUCCUCAAGAUCCAUACCCAGAUUUUUGUUCUGGAACUGGAUAUGUGUUUUCAGGAUCCUUGGCCUCAAAAAUUUACAAUGCGUCUUUAAGCAUUAAAUACAUACAUUUAGAAGAUGUGUACAUAGGUUUAUGUCUUCAGAGAUUAGGAGUACCAAUAAAAUCACCACCUAGAAUGUCUUUCUUUAAUCUAUAUAAAGUAAAAUUUUCUCCAUGUAUUUAUAAUGGUCUUAUUACUGCCCAUUACAUUCUUCCCUCUGAAAUGAUUAUAUUCUGGAAUCUCUUACAAGCGGGUAAACAUUCUUGUUCUGAGUAG